AUGAACCCGACGCGGCCCGCGCAGGCGUCGUUCCGCGACCGCACCUACGAGUUCGGCGCCGCCGUCGAGAGCACGCGCCGCCAGUCGUCGGCCCCCGCCGCGGCGAGCAGCAGCUCUACCGGGUCCCUCGAUGGGUUGAUCGCGGCCACGUCGGCUCGCUCGGAGUUCAACAACCGCGCGUCCAAGAUCGGGCUCGGGAUCCACCAGACCUCCCAGAAGCUAAGCCGCCUUGCCAAAUACCUACAAGCUAUCUGCAAUUCACAAAAUGAGAGUGGCAGUCUCUCCAAGGACACAACAAAUCAUUCCACUACAAUUGUGGACAACCUUAAAAAUCGUCUGAUGAGUGCAAUGAAAGAAUUUAAAGAAGUUCUUACCAUGCGAACAGAGAAUUUGAAGGUUCAUGAAAAUAGAAGGCAAAUGUUCUCCUUCUCUUCAUCAGCUGCAAAGGACGCAUCAAAUCCAUUCAUCCGUUGUUGCUAG